ACAAGUGACAGAAUCAACUUGGAAGAGACACGCUACACAUGCCAUGAGUGUGGGAAAAGCUUCAAUCGGAGCUCUGCCCUCAUCUCACAUCAGCAAAUCCAUACCGGAAAAGCGCCCCACACAUGCUCAGAGUGCGGGAAAAUCUUUAGUCAGCGCUCAGACCUUAUCAGACAUCAGAGAAUCCACACAGGAGAGACGCCCUACACGUGCUCUGAGUGUGGGAAAAGCUUUGGGCAGAGCUCUCAACUUAUCACACAUCAGAGAAUCCACACAGGAGAGGCGCCCUACACGUGCACUGAGUGUGGGAAAAGCUUUAGUCACAGGUCUGCCCUUAUCAGACAUCAUAGAAUCCACACAGGAGAGAAGCCCUACACAUGCUCUGAGUGCGGGAAAAUCUUUAGUCAGAGCUCAGACCUUAUCAGACAUCAGAGAAUCCACACAGGAGAGACGCCCUACACAUGCUCUGAGUGUGGGAAAAGCUUUAGUCAGAGGUCUACCCUGAACACACAUUGUAGAAUCCACACAAGAGAGACGCCCUACACAUGCUCAGAGUGUGGAAAAAGCUUCAGGCGGCGCUCUCAUCUUAUCACACAUCAGAGAAUCCACACAGGAGAGAAGCCCUACACAUGUUCUGAGUGUGGGAAAAGCUUCGGGCGGAGCUCUCAGCUUAUCACACAUCAGAGAAUCCACACAGGACAGACGCUUUACACGUGCACUGAGUGUGGGAAAAGCUUUAGUCAGAGCUUUGUCCUUAUCAGACAUCGUAGAAUCCACACAGGAGAGAAGCCCUACACAUGCUCAGAGUGCGGGAAAGUCUUUAGUCAGAGCUCUCACCUUAUCAGACAUGAGAGAAUCCACACAGGACAGACGCCUUACACGUGCACUGAGUGUGGGAAAAGCUUUAGUCAGAGCUCAGACAUUAUCAGACAUCGUAGAAUCCACACAGGAGCGAAGCCCUACACAUGCUCUGAGUGUGGGAAAAGCUUCGGGCAGCGCUCUCACCUUAUCACACAUCAGAGAAUCCACACAGGACAGACGCCCCACACGUGCUCUGAGUGUGGGAAAAGCUUUAGUCAGAUCUCAAACCUUAUCAGACAUUGUAGAAUCCACACAGGAGAGAAGCCCUACACAUGCUCUGAGUGUGGGAAAAGCUUCAAUCAGCUCUCAAACCUUAUCAAACAUAGGAAAAUCCACAUGGGUGAGAAACCCUAUGGAUGCUCUAAGUGUGGGAAAUGUUUCUUUAAUCGUUCAGACCUCAUCUUACAUCAGAGAAUCCACACACGGGAUAAGCCCUACACAUGCUCUGAGUGUGGGAAAAGCUUCAAUCAUCGCUCAAACCUUAUCAAACAUAGGAAA